AUGAAAAAGCCUGCUGUGGUGGACAGUCGUCAGUUUUUCCGCACACAUUGGCGCAUGUGGCUGCUGUUGGGUUGCGUACGUGAGCCAAUGCGCUACCAGUUGCUCUAUCGCCUCUACCGCAGCGUCGUCAAUGCGCUCAUAAUACUCUUCUAUCCUGGCACUGUACUUAUAGCCCUCUACAAUAGCGGUAAUGUAAACGAUUUGCUCCAAACGCUGCCCAUUUGCGCCGCAGCUCUAGCCUGUAGCGCUAAAUAUAUUAGCUACUAUCGUAGACUGAAUUUAGUGCGGCAAGUGGAGCAGAUCUUCAACGCUUUGGACGAGCAGAUAGUACUAGAAGAGGACCGAGCGUAUUUUGCUGGCAUUCAUCGAGGCACUAAUUUGAUAUUGAAUACACUGCGCGGCAUAUGCGUCUUCUUGUUCGCUAUAACCGUCAUGGCGUUUGCUGAUUCGCUUGAGAACCGUGAUUUGGCUUUUGCCAUGGAGUUGCCGUUCGAUUGGCGCGCAUCGACGGCGGCAUAUGUUGGCGCUGUUGCAUUGGAACUGUUGCUAUUGGCCUGCGACCUCGUGCAGAGUCUGGCAAAUGACUCCUUUCCGGCGGUUGCUCUGUGUGUUCUAACGAACCACACACGUUUGCUAGGAGCUCGGCUGAGUCGGAUCGGUCAUACUGGUAAGGAUGCGCAGGCGAAUAUUCGAGAGUUGCAGCAAUGCAUUAUUGAUCAUCAACGUCUCACGAAACGCGCCUUAAUUGUGUUUUACAGAUUGCAGGCAAUCAUAGAAGAAAUCAUUUCAAUGCCGGUCUUUGUUCAAUACGCAGUCACCGCUUUCCAGGACUGCUUCACUCUGAUAACAUUUAUAUUUUAUACGAACACCGUUUCUGAUAAAGUUCUGUAUUUGACCUACUUAUUGGCUCUGCAGCUGCAAAUAUUCCCCCUGUGCUACUAUGGCGCGGCUUGUGCUCAGUCGAUGGACACUCUGCAGCGGGAGAUUUACGCCAGCAAUUGGAUUGAACAGGAUCAGGUGUACCGCCGUCUGGUUACUAUAUUAUCUCAGCGCUCCUUAAAGAGCACAACAGUCUACGCGGCGGGGCUCAUUCCCAUUCACUUAAGCACAUUCGUGAAAACACUUCAGGGCGCUUAUUCCUUCUACACAUUUGUGGAGGGAGUUCGAAAGGUAUAG